AUGUCGGAGGAACCCCAGCACUACUCACUUCUCACCAAAAGAUGCUAUGCUGAGGCAAUCCUACGUGGAGACAAGGUGAUCGAAGCGAGAAGAGCAUCACAAAUAAAGAGCUUGAAAGUCGGAAUGACCCUGGCAAUGCAUUGGUGCACAAGUACUCGCAUCUAUUGCGAAGUGGUGUCACUGACCCAGUAUGACAAUGCGAAGAUCAUGGUUGACGAUGUGGGCCAUGCUGCCUUGGGGUUUGCCAAUCUCACUGACUGCUGUGAUGUCUACCACAAGUUUUACGGAGACAACCAGAAGAUGAUCGCAAUCGGAGUGAGCAACCCUCGUCGAGUGGAAGAUGUCCAGCCCCAUACAAGAAAAAGUGUUCCAAGUGGCAAGCGCAAGCGCAGUGUCACCAAGUAA